GUGGAUCUCUGGAUUUGGUGAAAACCAACGCAGAUAUCGAGGAGUUCAGGAAGAAGACGGGUUCCUCCUCGGUGAUGUUGGCUCGCGCCGCCAUGUGGAACGUCUCUGUGUUCAGCCGCUCGGGACCCUUCCCUCUGGAAAAAGUGAUGGAGGACUACCUCAAAUACGCGAUCCGGUACGAGAACCACGCCUUCAACACCAAGUACUGCCUGUGUCAGAUGCUGAGAGACAAGGUGGAGUCUCCUCAGGGGAAGCUGCUGCAGGCGGCGCAGACUCACGCUGACAUCAGCGCUGCGUUCGGGCUGCAACAGUUCUGCCAGCAGACGGAGGAUGAGCUUCAGAAGAAGAGGAGCGAGCUGCAGGGAGACUGCCCCCCCGACGCUCUGAGGAUGGAGGGAGACGUCAGCACCAUGGCCGUCAAAUUCAUCCGACGGGAGUACCUUCCUCACUUCAGCCCCAAGAUGUUCCUGCUGGAGUGGAGCCGCAAGGAGAGGCUGCAGCAGCCCCUUUAUGAGAUGGUGCAGCGCUCUCUGGAUCGAGGCUUUCAGUCCACGGUGACGUUUGCAGGGAAGAGAUUCAGAUCUUCACUCUGGGAGAAGUCGAAGAAGUUUGCCGAGCAGGCGGCCUCCGUGGUGUGUCUCCGAGUUCUGGGAAUACCAGAGGGUCGAAUCGGAGACGAAGAGUCGGACCUGGUCUGCAAGAGGAAGAGAGACGGGAGGACCAACGGCACCACAGAAGAAGAGCAGAGCAGCAAGAGACACUCGGGCGACAUGCGGCAGGUGGAGGAAACACUACAUGUCAACGGAGACGAUCAAAACGCAAACACGCCUCCAGAGAAGAGCUAAGGAGAACUGCUUUGGGUUUCAGGAGGAGGAGACGCUGGUGUUUACACGAGGAACACACGGAGGUUAAACAAACUGAUUUUUGUUUGUUUUUAUUUGUUUGUCUGCAUUUAAAGCUCCUUUAUCAGUGGGAACUGUAAGAACAAAUGAAGAGAUUUAAAAACAGAAUUUCUAUGGUUUGGGGUUUUUUUUCUGCCUCAAAAAGUACUUCUUUGAACUCUAAAUAUUGUCAUUUAUUUUUUGAAUGCAGUACUUUUAUUUAAAGCUGUGGUAUUAAUACUUCUACUGCAGUAAAGUUUCUCAAUACUUCCUCCACAACUGGUCGUUUUGCU